AUGGUCGAAGUGGCCAAAGGAGGCAAGUCCACAGAGCAGCUCCCGAUGAUCCUCAAGUUUCCGAGGCUGAAUCGGUACAAGUACAAGCAGUGCUUUCCCUUGAAGUUCUCCAUCCUUGGUCUCGGAGACAUUCUGGCUCCAGGCCUGCUAAUUUCCUUUUGCCACGCUUUCGAUCUGUUGGCCCUGGGAAAAAGGUUCUACUACUACGUAGCCUGCGUUGCCUACGGGGUGGGCAUGGUGAUCACGUUCCUGGCGCUGCAUCUGAUGCACAUUGCGCAACCCGCCCUCCUCUACCUGGUGCCGUGCACCGUUGUGGCUGUCGUCGUGUUGGCCUGGUACAAGGGACAUCUGUACGCCAUGUGGAACGGCGUCAGGUUGGAAAGCGUCCCCGUGAAACCCGCCAAGCAACCGGCGGUGUCGUCCCAGACCAGGGCACCGGAGGAGCGGCCCUUCCGCGAGCCUUCGCCGGAAGACUCGGAGACGGAGCUCAUCCCCGAUCGUCCGACCGAAAACACCUCCGAGAGCAACAAGAAGUCUCGAAAGGGCAGAAAAGAAAGUGGCCAAAGCGACGACAAAGGAGACAACGCCCCUAAGGCAGAAGUUCCGUCGCCUGGAGUAGACGGAACAUCGCCGACCGACGCGGUCUUCGCCUGCGCCGGUGACGACGUGCUGGCGGAGGUCAAGCCGAGGACGACCUCGCCCGAAACGCUGCCCAUCGACUCCCUCGAUCCGGACGCGGCGGUGACGGUGCGCAAGCGGAUCUCGCACACGAGCGCGCUCAGCUGGGAGGAGCAGCUGUCCCACUUCAUUCUGGGACAGGGCGGCAGCAGCAGCGCUCGAGCCGAGACGGCACCCGCCGUCAGCCCGUUCCCGGCAUAA